AUAACCUCACAAAAUUAAAAAAAAGUUCAAAUAAGAAAAAAUGGAUUUGUUAUUGUUACUUUUUUAAUUGAUAACAUAAAUACAAAUUUUAGUGUAUAUUUAUGUAAUAAAAAAUAAUGUCUCAUAGAUCAAAGUCAAACAUACUGACAUUAUAAAUAGAAUUUAAUGUAACUGCAAAACAUUAUAUAAAAUAAUAAAUUUUAUAAAGUAUUAAUAAUGCUAAGUUAUGCUUAAAUUAAGAUUACUACCUUUAAAACCAAAAAUGUUUGGAUAUCUCCAAAAAAGUUUCUACUGUGAUAAUGUAAAUGCAGCAGAUGAAGAGAAGGAAAGAGAAAUUGAAAGGAUCAAGAAAAGUGCUUCACUUGAUGAGCCUCCAACAGCAUGUUGUAGAUCUGGCUGUGCAAAUUGUGUAUUCAUUGUGUGGGCGGAAGCACUCGCUACAAAAUUUGAGACUGCUGGACCCGAGAUCACAGAAAAAAUAAUGAAGGAAGUUGAUGAUCCUUCUAUGAGAGCUUAUUUGGAACUGGAGUUAAGAAUACGGGGAUUAAAAAAGUCUUAAGUUUUCCUUGUAUUGUUAUGUAUUAGAAUGUUGUUAAAACAUAAUUAAAGAUAUAAA